AGCCACCGCCCACCAGCACCUGGCCUGGCCCGGCCCGGCCCCGCCCGGCUCUCCCCGCCCGCGGUCGCGGUGGUGGGCGGGCCCUGGUGGCGAGGCCUGCAUGUAGAUGCGUCCCCCGCCUCCCUAGUGCGUGCUGAGGUCAGGGCAGGCUGCGCUGCAAGCGCGGAGGAGCGGGGUCUGCGCUCGCGAGAGCCCCGGAGCUGCGGGGGAGGAGCGCCUGGCUUGGGCCGGGAACGGUUCCGUCCCGCCGGGAACUCGGGGGGCUAAGGAGGGCUCUUCCAGUCGUCGGCAGAGGAAGGGCGGUGUGUGCGCGGAGGGGGGGCAUCUAGCCCGCCCCGCCGCCCUGCUUCUCCAUGCGGGCGGCGGCGGUGAGCUGGGCUGGCGCGCGGGGCGCCGGGGCCAGCGCGCGGUGCUGACAGGCCGCGGCCGGGAGAGACGAUGGCCAAAUGGCUGAAUAAGUACUUCAGCCUGGGCAAUAACAAGACCAAGAGUCCCCCGCAGCCUCCACGGCCCGACUACCGAGAGAAACGCAACGGUGCCAGCAGCGCGCCCCGCCCCGACGAGCAGCCGCAUCUCCACCUUCACCACCACACCUCGCCCGGCUUUCCGCAUCGCCGCCUGUGCGACGACACCAGUGACCUGCUCCGUGCCUACCGCGCCCAGAAGGAACGCGACUUCGAGGACCCCUACGGCGGGCCUGGCUCGUCCCUAAGCAAGUUGCGCGCCAUGUGCCGCCUGGACUACUCCACGUCCGAGGACGUGGGUGAGGCGGCCCCCAAGACUUUCUCCUCCUCCUCAUGCUGCGCUGCAUCCCCUGCCACCUGUGCAGCCGGCUCCGCACACCUCUUUCGCAGCCACAGUGAACGCCACCCGGCGACGCCGCCCAGCGUGAAGUACAUCUCCCCCAAGCACCGGCUUAUCAAGGUCGAGAGUAGCGAUGGCGCAGGCGAGAAGCUCAACAAGGGCUCCAAGCAGCUGGCAACCUCUGUCCCCUCUGCCAUGAAAGAUAAAGUAUUGAUAGCUGAUGACUACUCAGAUCCGUUUGAUGCCAAAAGUGAGUUGAACAGAAUGGGAAAAGGGGAGAACACUGGCUAUAUGGAACCGUACGAAGCCCAGAGAAUAAUGACUGAGUUUCAGAAGCAGGAAUGCAUGAAGUCCCAUCAGAACAACCUGCAGCUCUAUGACACACCCUAUGAACCAGAAGGCAGUGGUGUGGAAUCUGAUUCUGAAAGUGUGGCGAGUCACCAUUUACGAGAAAACAAAUUGCCCCAGGAUGAUGACAGGCCUGCAGAUGAGUAUGAUCAGCCGUGGGAGUGGAACAAAGUCACCAUCCCAGCUCUGGCAGCCCAAUUUAAUGGAAGUGAGAAACGGCAAGCAUCUUCUCCCUCAAAUGACCAGUGCAGGCGGUUAAGAGCACCUGGAGGAGGCUUUAAACCCAUCAAACAUGGCAGUCCAGAAUUUUGUGAGAUCCUGGGAGAGAGAAUAGAUCCAACUAUUCAACUGGAAAAACAGAUAUGGUAUCAUGGAGCAAUCAGUCGGACAGAUGCAGAAAACCUGUUACGUUUAUGUAAAGAAUGUAGCUACCUUGUAAGAAAUAGUCAAACAAGCAAGCAUGACUAUUGUCUUUCACUGAAGAGCAGUCAAGGUUUUAUGCACAUGAAAUUGAUGAAAACCAAAGAGAAAUACAUCCUGGGUCAGAACAGCCCUCCCUUCGACAGCGUUCCUGAAGUCAUCCACUACUACACCACAAAAAAGCUGCCUAUCAAAGGAGCAGAACACUUGUCACUGCUCUACCCUGUAGCUGUACGGACCCUCUAAUAACCUAGUCUCACCCCGUUCUGUGGAUGGGAGGUGAGAGGUAAGCUGGGUUGUACAGGAUUUUUGCAGAAAUUCAGUGCUUGAGUCUGUGAUGGAGAGUGGCAGCCUUUAGUCUUGGGAACGUGAGUGCUCUGCAGAGUUGUGUAUGGGACUGUGUGUAUGGUACUCUUACGCUGCAGCAUGCCUCUAGAACAGUGCUUCUACAUAAGAGAAAGAAAACUUAUUUUAGUGCAAGGAUAACAGGUAACCUUCCCAGAGCUUCUCUGUGAAUGAAAGUACUUCCCAACAAAGGUUCUUCCUCCAUGUUUUGAGAAGAAUCAACAAGUUCUUCUCAGCAGUAAAACACCAGCAACUUUUAUUCUCUUGCUACCCUGAGAAACUUCUCCAUGUGAAAGAGUAACCUGCUCCUGAGGGACCCUAGGGUGUUCUUGGUGGACCUGAGAAGGAGCUGCUUAGCAGCCAAGUCCCUGCAGCUCUGGUCACUUAGCUUGGUGGGGUUUGAUUUUUUUAAGGCAAUUUCUUGAUGUAGUCAAAUGUUGAGCUCCUAUUAGGGACACAAUCUGAAAAUAAUUUUGUGAGAGCAAAUCAUGGUCAAUUAUUUAUUAAUAGGGAAUGUAAUUAAAAAGUAGUUUGUUAUAUAUUUUUAUCCUUUUUGGUACAAUAAUCUCUUAAGGGUUACUGUCUUCAUUUGCAAGUUCCAUUCAUAGAUGCAGGCAGCCAAUUCUGUUUGGGGCAGUUACACUGUAAUGUUUUAAGUAGUUGAGAAUGAGUCAUUUUAAUAUGUGUGUUAGUAUUUAUGCAUGAGGGUGACUGAAGGCUUUUAUAAAGCGUUAGUAGGCAAAAUCUUCACUUGCUCAUUCAUCUGGAUCAAACAGUUGUCCCACUGAGGUAGCAGACUAACAAGUGUGUGUCACACUGCCUUUCCAUAAGAUGGCUUUUGCAGCUGUAUAAAUGAGAACUGCUGUAUGUAGCAAAGCAGAAUUUGUUUUUCUGGUGUACCAAGGCAUUCUUAAAACAUGGUCCCUUGACACAUA